AUGAUCGCACUGCGCGCCAUUUGGCGUGCCUCUCAGGCCUUCGCGGCCUCGAAGACAUUCAGCGUCACUCCCCGACAUUACUCCUCCGUCCCUCCACCGGCGCAGGAAGAAACCAAGAGCGCCCUGUCCCCCCGAUGGCUCUCCGAUACCAAAUCUCGGAUCGGGAAAUGCAUUACCUUUGGCAUGUCCGAGAGUCUGGUCAACGAAGCUGCCCAGAUCCUCCAGAUCCUCGGUCGAGAUUGGCGGGAACUGGUCGCUGGCAGCGAAGGCUACUUGACCGACCCGAAAAGAGCAGGUUUACAUCGACAGAACGUCGUCUGGGGAGAACAAGACUCCAUGGGCCACGUCAAUAACGUCAUGUAUGUCCGAUUCGCCGAGAGCGGGCGCUGCAAUUGGAUCCGUAACUACAGCAAUCGUUUCGACCCCGUCCACAAGCGGGCAUGGGAAGAGCUGUUGUCGUCCCGCAGCAUUGGACUCAUUCUCAGGAGUAUCACAGUCGAUUUCAAGUUCCCUAUGACUUGGCCCGAUCGGAUCUCGGUGUACCACAAGCUGCGGUCCCGUCCGGACGAGUCCACUGAGUCCUUGAUUCUUGAUGUUUUGAUCAUGUCUGAGGUCCGCCAAAGGCCGGCGGCUAGGUGCCUGGAAGAUGUCGUGGUGUACGAUUAUCGAGUGGGCAAGAAGAGUACGCUGGAACCUUUCAUGUUGGAGCAGCUCAAGAAGACGUUUGAUCUGCAAGAGGUGGCAAAGAGAGAGAAUUGCACAGCGGUCCGGCAGAUAGAAAGGCGAGUAAGGAAUUUAGAGAAACAGUCGUGGGAUAGACCGGAUGCAAAGGAAGACUUGGGGAGUGCCCAGGCCCAAUCGAGUUCCUGA